AGGCCGGUCAGAGGGACUUUAAGAGUUCAGACAAGAGACAAGAGAGAGAAAGCAUGUGACCCCUCUCUGUUUCUCUUUCUUCUCCCCUCUUCCACAAGGAGCCACAACCACACCAAACAGCACAAGAACAAGCUGCUCGCCUCACCUCUCGUUCUCUGCAUACCUCCGCUUAUUUCUUUCUUCCACCUUGGGCCUUGGCUAUGGCAUCCAGCGUGUCCCGGUUCAUCAAGUGCGUCACGGUGGGGGACGGCGCCGUGGGGAAGACCUGCAUGCUCAUCUGCUACACCAGCAACAAGUUCCCCACUGAUUACAUACCCACUGUCUUCGAUAACUUCAGCGCAAACGUUGUGGUCGACGGCACCACGGUGAAUUUGGGCCUUUGGGACACUGCAGGACAGGAAGAUUACAACAGAUUGAGGCCCCUGAGCUACCGCGGAGCCGAUGUGUUCGUGCUCGCCUUCUCGCUCGUCAGCCGAGCUAGCUACGAGAAUGUUGUGAAGAAGUGGCUACCAGAGCUUCGGCAUUAUGCACCGGGUGUCCCCAUAGUUUUGGCUGGAACUAAAUUGGAUCUUCGUGAAGACAAGCACUACCUACUUGAUCAUCCUGGAGCAGUACCUGUUACUACGGCACAGGGGGAGGAACUUCGCAAGCACAUCGGAGCAACAUGUUACAUCGAGUGCAGCUCAAAAACUCAGCAGAAUGUCAAAGCUGUGUUUGAUGCUGCCAUCAAGGUAGUAAUAAGGCCUCCGACAAAACAGAGGGAAAGGAAGAAAAAGAAAGCACGGCGGGGAUGUUCAAUAAUACGAAUCAUGCACAAAAGGAGACUAGGAUGCUUCAAGUGAUCGAAGGCCUUAUUUGAGGAUCACAUAGGUUUCCAAGACGAAUCGAGAUAACGUCUAGUUUGCAUCCAAGUUUCAAAGUGCUUGUUGCGCUUGCGCACUUGUGCUGGUAAUGUGUAUAUUUACGUGUUUAGCAAUUGCCUUCUAUAGGAGAUAUAUUAGUAUUUUGUUUAUGUACCAAUGGAUCAUAAUGAGCUAGAAAGUUCAAUAUAUCCUGAGAAGUAGCGAUAUAUUCUUCCA